AAAAGAUUACAAAUUUUUCACAGUGAUGUCGCUGGACCAAUGAAAACCGAAAGUUUUUGUGGUGCCAGGUACUUCGUGACAUUCAAUGACGACUAUUACAGAUGUGUAACCGUCUAUCCCAAUACACACAAAUCGAAAGUGUUGGAUAAGUUUAAAGAAUGGAAAGUGUAGUAACAAAGCAAGCGGAUUGCAAAAUUUAAACUUUGCGAACAGACAAUGGAGGUGAAUAAUGAAUAUAUGUCUGCUAAAUUUCAAAAUUUCCUCAAAGAGAAAGGUAUUCAUCAUGAGGCAACUCACCACAACAGAAUGGUAAGUACCCACUCACCACAACAGAAUGGUAUCGCCGAACGGAUGAACAGGACGCUCCAGCAAGCUGCUUUAUCGAUGUUCUUACAUGCAGGAGUAUCCAAGAGUUUCUAGGCUGAAGCAGUUUGUUCAACAGCGCACAUAAGGAAGCAAGUUAUCACAACAACAACUAGGGUCACCCGUUUGAGCGAUGAUACAGUAUUUCACCGCGCCGGUUGUAUAGUUACAUUCUUUUCAAAUUCCAAAAGCAUUUUUUUCUGUUUAUUCUAUAGAAUACUCGUCCUAUUGCAAUAUAAAAUGUCACGAUUUGUGGAAAUCUUUGUUCCUGUACCACAGGAGUACAUGGGCAUUGUUAUCGGAGCUAGGGGAAGAAAUAUAAAUCAAAUUAAGCGAGAAACAGAUGCAAGGAUUGAUUCUUGUAAUGGAGAUGACUUCGGAAGAGAAUCUGGGUUUACAGUCACUGGCUCUGCAGCUGGUUGUGAAGCAGCACGACAGGCUAUAAGAUUUUGUGUAGUAAGUAUGAUUAUUAUUGGAAUAUCACUUUUCGACGUCGAAGUAAUAUAUAUGGCUUCACCCAUUUAACGCACCGGCUUGCCGAUUAUAAAAAUAGAAUGCAGACCUUUUAUUGGGUGUAACAAAAUAAUAAACGACGGAAGGAAAUGCUAUACUAUUCGUCAGAAUAAAACGAUUUCAACAAAUGUCAAUAAUUGAAUAUAUCACGAGUAUAGCCGUUUGAGCAAGAAACCUUUAUAGAUUCCUAUGCAUGUAAAGUGCAGGUAAAAUGUUUUUAUAUUCAAUCGCAGAAAGCAGAGCGUGUAUGCAAAUUAAUCGCGAGAACAUUUUUUUGAAUGUGUUACUAUACGAUCGCUACUUCUGCAACCAAUUUCAACAAAUAUUCCAAUAUUUAUAUGUAGCAUGCUAUACUGAAAAUACUCGAUCCACUCGCCUAAUAAUGAAUAUAGGGCAUUGCACAGCCAUUGUUGCGUGGAUGCGCGUGGUAGCGUGAAACCUGAGGAAUGAAAAUGUCUGGCCAUGUUUUACAGCUUCAAUUUCACCUAUUUAUAAAUCGCCAUCCUAAUAGUAUAACUGGCUUUACCAAAACAGAAACCUUAUUUACAUUAAUUUAAAAAUGCCUUCCAUAUUUAAUUUAUUUUAUUCUGACACUGCCAUAUUCAUUGUGAUCGAAUUACGAAAUACGCACACCAGAAAAUUAGAAACGAUUUUAAUAGAACAACUCUAAUACAUGUCAUAAUAUUUUCACAGGAUAACGCAAAAAUAACCAUAAAGGAACCAGUAUCUCAGUCAUUUGCUCGUUUGCUAAUAGGAAAAUAUAGCAGUAAUAAUUUCCAAGGGAUUGAAAGAGAGUGUGGCGUGAAAAUUACCUGGCCAAAAUUCAGUGGAACGGAAAAACAUGUGAUUGUUGACAUCAUAGGUUUGAGGCAGAACUGUGAACGCGCAAGAGAGAUGCUUAAGACAAAUCAAGUAAGUAUAUACGUACAUGUAGUAAAUUAAAUAUAAUCCCACUCAGCGUAGUUUCAUAAGUUGCUGUUUAUGUAUGUUCUUGGACUAGAACAUUGUUUUCCCUAAAUAUAUAUGGGUAGAAUAUUCCACUAGGACAGUGAUGCAUUAAGGCAAAAUAGGGGACGCGGAAACGCUCGUUCAGUCCAAGCCGGCAUGUUUGUCAAAAAAUUGUCUUUGUAAGCGAUAAUAAUACAGUGAGAAUAACACAGGAACAACGUAUAAUUUAUGUGAUAAUAUACAUAUUACUCCAUGCUAUUACUUAUACAAAAUGUGCAUGGAAUUUACUAGCUUCGAUCAAAAUGUAUAAGUACAGCAUGGUUUGUAAUGGCAUGCUUUGUACCACAAUGUCGAGUUUUAAGAAAUUACUAAGGUCUUGCGUAUUCGUUUCAAAUUUCACUCGAAGCAAUGACCAAUGCACACUAAGUGAACAGACCCUCUGGUAAAAAUGAGUCCAAAUAGUAUUGAAUAAUUCAGAAAUGUUACCAUAUGUAUUAUUAGCAUGACAAAAUUACAGGAUGCUGAUUGGUUGGAGGAGUACAAUUAUUUUUUUAAUUGUACUGCAGUACAAUUAACGAUUUUCCAAAAACAAACAAAAUGACAGAAAGGUAUUUAAACAGAAAUGAAAUUGGCCUAGAGGAACUUAAAGCAAAAUAACUAAAUGAAUAUACGAACAAAGCGCCAAAUUUUGGUUGAACGUUUUGCAGGAUUGGGCCUUGGCGAGAAAAUAUGAUGUUGACAUUGAGAAUUAUCCAAUUUUGUCAUGCUAAUAAAAAAGCCUCGGCAGCUCGUCCAAUUUUGGCAAAAUUUCCAAGCAUUACUGGCCAUCGCAUGAUUACCUAUACUAAUUCACUUAGCCGAUAUAGUUUUUCGUUUGACCUGGAAAUUUUAACAUCGGCGUUAUUAUUAUAAAGUGUAAUGACUAUUAAGAAAGAAAUAAAAGAUCCGACGAGAGUAAGGAUGCUCUAGUUAUUAACCGCUGUUUGAAUCGUUUUAAUUUAGAAAAAGUGGGAAAAUGAUGAGGUUUGCAGAAAACCUGUUUCACCAAUGACGUCAGGAUUUCAAACAUAUUCAAAGGUAAUAUUAUAAUCAUGAUGAAUAAAGGAAGAACCGUUCCUGUUUACUGAUGCUAUAUGUGCACUACAGGUGUAUCUAAUCCCGUCACCAUCCCAUCCUUGUCUAUUCUGGGAUUAUUAACAAGAUCCUGCUUUGCAUGUACCGGAACAAGGAACAAGGAACGAUUAUUUUGACCGAUAUAUUUUGAAACGAACUUUUUGAUAAUACUACAAACGAAAGUACUCCUGCUCGUUAAUGAACGGUAAAUUAUUCUAGAUAUACAGUAAAUGUUUCAGCGCGUGAAGACCAGAACGAGGGUACUAUGACUUUCAAAGUGUCAUCAUGAUGGUUGAAAUUUUCGAAAGUUAUUCCGAAAGCACGUUCGCAGUGCUUUUAAUCGCAAUCUUAAACGCAUUACGUAUAAAUCCAGACACGUAACUUUUUAUUAUCACAAUCAUUAUACUUGAUACUGAAGAUGAGAUCAUUAUGAUAAUAAUAAAACAAAGAGAACUUAUCUCUAAAUUCUAAAUUUUUUCACUGACUUAAAUACACGUAACGGUUUGACCAAUAAUGUAUCUAAUCUGACUCAUUUCUGUAUAAGUAGUGUUGACAUGUCUGAAAUGAUUAGUAUCCAAAGAAUCGUAGCUUUCAGCUGACAUUUAAGGUUGAAAGAGAUUGAGUAUGAGCACAAUCCUUGUUGUCCAAAUUUCUCCGUAAUUCCAUUCAAAAUAAGCCAAACUUUACUGGAAAUGUUGUUGAACGGUUAAUUUAAAAUAGUUUCUAUGUUAUCCUUUUGCAUAUUAUAUUUAUAAUUAUGUUUUGCACGUAUUUUUAUUUUAUAGUUUCUGUUAAAUUAUUCUUUCAGUGCAAUAUAAAAGAAACUUAGCUAAAUGUUACUUUGCUUCAUUUUCAUUGCAACGAAAGGCAAAUAAUGAUGUAAGAAUGAUUGAUGUGCCGAAAGAAUAUAUAAAUUUUGUGGUCGGUAAAGGACGUAAGAAUAUAGAGAAAAUUGAAACGAAAUCUGGAACAAAAAUCAUUGUGCCCCCUCGCCGAAAUUCUGAAGGUAUGUUAAUUAUAAUUCCAUUAUAGUCGUUCGUUGGAAAUUUUGUGAACCUUUCUUGUCCGCAAGGAAUUCAGCCUUAAUUAUUAAAGUAGUUUUGUAGCAAAAAUACCUAUUGCAAUUGUCCUAGAAAUGAAGCCUGUAACAAGAACGACGUUAUUAUUAACUUAAAGCCUAUUCGCCUAUUUUUUUGAAUGAAACUCUCAUUUUCACUGCCGAUCUUGUCACUGUCGUUAUUUCAAGAAAGGACACUUCGUCGUACCAUAAUUUUGUGUGUAAAUAAGUGAAAAUGUUGCCAGGAAAAGUUCUACGGACACCAUUUUGUGACUUUUGCGGUAACUGAGAAAAAUUGAUAAUGUAAAGAUAAAUUACUUCUAUUGUCUUAAAAUGGCUCAGUAUUGUAUCUCCA